AUGAACAGGAUAGACAACUUGUCCCCAAAGCUUUUAUGCGACAUCAUUGGCCUCGCAGCAACAACUCAACCUUUCUCUUACAAAAUUCAUCUCUCAUCAUAUGCUGCGGUCUCCAGGAAAUGGCAACAACUCGUCGAGCCCAAACAGUUCAACAGCAUCAGAAUGACUAAUGACGAUAUAGACACCUUUGCCAGUGUCUUCGGCAACGAUACGACUGGCGAGCAUCGUAAAGCAUCAUUACAGCAAUUAUUUCUCCGCGUAUACUCAUCUUAUCGGUCAAUCAAGCCACGGACUGAGUCCACCAUAGAAGAAAGGAGAAACGAGGUCGUUGCCAACGACACGGUUUUUACGAAAAGUCUACAAUCACUUUUCGGUGCCUUGCAGUCGUGGUCGUUGGAGCACUCGCUUGUUCUGUAUCUUUUCGUACCAACAAAAGACAGUGAUGGAGUGUUUGCUUGCCGUACGGAGCCUCAUAUCCUGGAUCUUGAGUCCUUGCCGCUAGUCUCUUGUAUUGAAAAGUUCGUGUCUACGAGUCAGAUGUGUCUAUUGACAGAGACUCUGGUUGGUAUUGCGUCGAGGCUUCCGAACUUACGACACGUGGAAUGGCAGAUUGCAGAUGGAGAUGGACUGAUUCAACGGCGACAAAAUCGUUCUGAUUUUGCAAAUCAACUUUUAGCUCUGGAGACCUUAUGUCCUUUACUUACGACACUUGAAUUUAUUUUCAGAUCUCCGUUCCCUUCGCGUAGUCCAAUCACAGAAGUCCCGAGUGUGCUCCUGCCAUAUGCGUCUAUCGACCAUCUGUGCGUCUCCUUACGCAAGCUCUGUCAGUCUAUGCAACGAGUGGUUUUGACCAAUUUACCCAUCUCCUCUCAAUUGUUCUGGCCUUUACAAAACGACGACGAAGCUGGUGAGGAGGUUGAACCCUUCUGGCCAAAGUUGACACAUUUCGAUCUCGAGUUCAGUAUCUGCGCUGCUGAGGGUGGGCUAUGGACCGAUUUUCUUACUUUGCCUUCUUGCUCGUGUCGCGCAGGUCCAACAAACAUACCGACACCUGACGAGAAGCAACAACCAGAACGUCCCGCUCAUACGACUGAAGCACCUUCACCUCCCUGGCCCUCUGAGGAGCUGGAGGAUCUAUUGCUUGUCAUUGCCAAAGCCAUUGCUCGCAUGCCUUUGCUCCAAGUCUUCAGCGCCAGAGUGGGCAAAAGUUCUUGGCGUGAGACGCUUGACCUCGAAGACCAUGGCUUUGGAAUGCGCUAUUCGAGCCCUGUAGAAGGGGAGACUGGUAUUGAUGGGGCGAUUCUUGCGAAGCGCUUGGAAUGGACGGCGCCGUCUGAAUGGCGAAUGAGUAGCACUCUGGAGGAGCAAUGGAGAAGCAUUCUGGGAGACACAGGAGUGGUCGAGUAUCUUGUAUGA